AUGGACGAAAGCGACGACCUGUUAUCGUCUCUGAGCCUCAGCAACCCACAGCCAAGACCAAUCCAAGUAAACGAAAACCAUGACCUCUUCACUCUGACUCCCAAUGAAUUGUUCCCGGACUCCUCAUCCUCCUCAUCGGGAGAUGAGAACGACGCCGUUUCCCUCCACUCCUCCUCCAAACGCCUCGACUACAUGCUACAAUUCCUCGACCGCAAGCUCUCCGACGGCAACAACAAAAACACCAACAAUAGUAAUAAUAAUGAUAAGAGCAGCAACGCCUCCCAGGGGCAGGGGCAGGGUCACCGCUCUUCGCUCCCGGAGUUCGUGGCCAAGGGCGGAGGGACUGGAAUCUUCAAAGUCCCGGUUCGGGGGCCGGUCCACCCGAGCCGCCCGCCGAGGCUGGAAGUGAGGCCCCACCCACUGAGGGAGACUCAGAUAGGGUGCUUCUUGCGGACGAUGGCGACCACCGAGUCCCAAUUGUGGGCGGGCACGGAGUGCGCCGUUAGGGUUUGGAAUUUCAAGGAUCUGUACUCGGCGGCAGGCCAAGGCGAUUCAGGGGAUGAGGAAACGGUGCCGUUUAGGGAGUCGGUGUGCACAUCGGCCGUGAUAUGCUUGGUUAAAGAUGAGGGGAGUAGGGUGGUGUGGAGCGGGCAUAGGGAUGGUAGGAUCAGGUGUUGGAAGAUGGAAUCGGCUACUCCUAUUCCUGCCAAUCCGUUUAAGGAGGGCUUGUCUUGGCAGGCUCACAGAGGCCCCGUUCUUUCACUUGUAAUCUCUUGUUAUGGGGAUCUGUGGUCGGGUUCAGAGGGUGGUGUCAUCAAGAUAUGGCCAUGGGAAGCUAUUGAAAAAGCUCUCUCCCUAACCACCGAAGAAAGGCACAUGUCUUCUUUGUUGGUGGAGAGGUCUUACAUUGAACCUUGGACCCAAGUUGCCGUUAAUGGUUUCACUAACAUAUUAACUUCAGAUGUUCGCUACUUAUUAUCUGAUCAUUCUGGAGCAAAGGUGUGGAGUGCUGGUUAUCUCUCAUUCGCAUUGUGGGAUGCUCGUACAAGGGAGUUGCUGAAAGUGUUCAGCACAGAUGGUCAGAUUGAGAAUCGGGUCGACAUUCCAUCAGCACAGGACCCUUCAGUGGAAUAUGUUUCUGGAUCAAAAAAAGACAAAACACAAAGUUCUUUUGGUUUCUUUCAGCGAUCACGUAAUGCUAUAAUGGGAGCAGCAGAUGCUGUUCGUCGAGUUGCAGUGAAGGGUGCCUUUGGAGAUGAUAAUCGAAGAACUGAAGCAAUGGUAAUUGCAGUGGAUGGAAUGAUUUGGACUGGGUGUACAAGUGGCCUACUUGUACAGUGGGAUAGAAAUGGCAAUCGUAUACAAGAUUACCACUAUCAUUCUUCUGCUGUUCAUUGCUUUUGUACAUUUGGGCUACGUAUAUGGGUGGGUUAUGCGAGUGGGACUGUCAACGUAUUGGACCUUGAGGGUAAUCUGCUCGGAGGAUGGGUAGCUCACAGCAGUCCUGUUAUAAAAAUGGCUGCAGGAGCUGGCUUUAUAUUUACCUUGGCUAAUCAUGGCGGUAUAUGUGGAUGGAAUAUUACAUCCCCAGGACCUCUUGACAGUAUAUUGCGGUCAGAAUUAGCUGGCAAAGAAUUUCUAUAUACAAGGAUAGAAAGCUUGAAAAUAUUGACUGGUACAUGGAACGUUGGACAAGGAAGAGCAUCCCAUGACUCACUUAUAUCCUGGCUGGGCUCUGUGGCUUCUACUGUUGGAGUUAUUGUUGUCGGGUUGCAAGAAGUUGAAAUGGGCGCUGGUUUUCUUGCUAUGUCUGCAGCCAAAGAAACUGUAGGUCUUGAGGGGAGCUCUGUUGGGCAGUGGUGGCUGGAUAUGAUUGGAAAAACGUUGGAUGAAGGGUCAACAUUUGAACGUGUUGGUUCCAGGCAGUUGGCAGGAUUGCUCAUUGCUGUGUGGGUGAGAAACAAUAUUAGGACUCAUGUUGGGGAUGUCGAUGCUGCAGCAGUGCCAUGUGGUUUUGGGCGUGCCAUUGGUAACAAGGGAGCUGUUGGUUUGAGGAUUAGAAUGUAUGGUCGGAUAAUGUGCUUUGUUAAUUGUCACUUUGCUGCACAUUUAGAAGCUGUUAAUCGUCGCAAUGCAGACUUUGAUCAUGUAUAUCGAACAAUGAACUUCUGCCGACCUAACUUUCUCAAUUGUGCAGCUGCUAGUACUUCAUCUGCAGUACAAAUUCUUCGUGGCACACAUGCUAUUGGUAACAAUUCUGCCGAAGGGAUGCCUGAGUUAUCUGAAGCAGACCUGGUCAUAUUUCUUGGCGAUUUUAACUAUCGGCUUGAUGGUAUAUCUUAUGAUGAAGUUAGAGAUUUUGUUUCACAAAGAUGUUUUGAUUGGCUCAGAGAAAGGGAUCAACUCCGAGUGGAAAUGGAAGCUGGAAAUGUCUUCCAAGGAAUGCGUGAGGCAGAUAUUACGUUUCCUCCCACGUACAAGUUUGAAAGGCAUCAAGCUGGUUUAGCAGGAUAUGAUUCUGGUGAGAAGAAGCGCAUUCCAGCUUGGUGCGAUAGAAUCCUGUACCGUGAUAGCCGCUCAGCGUCAGUGUCAGAGUGCAGCUUAGAAUGUCCUGUAGUGUCUUCAAUAUCACAGUAUGAGGCCUGCAUGGAUGUGACUGACAGUGAUCACAAGCCUGUCCGCUGCAUUUUUACUGUUGAUAUUGCUCGAGUUGAUGAGUCAAUAAGAAGACAAGAGCUUGGAGAAAUCCUUAAAUCAAAUGAGAAAAUCAAAUUUAUGGCUGAAGAAAUAUGCAAGAUUCCAGAAACUAUUGUCAGUACAAACAACAUAAUCCUUCAAAACCAGGACACAUCCAUUUUGCGUAUUACAAAUAAAUGUGGCAAAAAAGAUGCUUUUUUUGAAAUAAUUUGUGAAGGACAGUCUAUCAUUAAGGAGGGUGGGCACGCAUCAGAUCAUUGUCCUAGAGGUUCCUUUGGCUUUCCACGAUGGCUUGAGGUCACUCCUUCAGCUGGCAUUAUCAGACCAGAUCAUAUAGCUGAGGUAUCUCUUCAUCAUGAGGAACACCAAACCCUAGAAGAGUUCGUUGAUGGUGUCCCACAAAACUGGUGGUGUGAAGACACCAAAGACAAGGAAGUGAUAUUGGUGGUUAAGGUGCAUGGCAGUUAUUCUACUGACACAAGACAUCAUCGUGUCUGUGUGCGCCACUGCUGUUCAGCCAAGACAAACCAAAUGGACCCCCCCGAGCACAGGGCUAGACAAACCCAAGGGACUGUUCUUCACCGGUCUGACUUUCAACACCUUAGCAGUUCCUGUGAUGUGGUUGACGACCUGUGGAGUUUAUGUAGUCCUUAG